AUGCUCUCCGGCCUCCCACAAGGGCGUCGGAAGCUCUCCGCGGAUGCGCCUCUCGAACAGCUCUUCGGGGAUGCUGCGCUUUGCCAGGGUGGUGAGAUCCUGGUGAAAGCGCUGCGUGCUCGCCGCCUUAGCAAUCUCAAGGACUUCGUGUCGGUGCCUCCCUGGGAGCUUCGGGAUUGGCUUCUCAUUACCGAGGAGGAGGCUACAGAGCUUUUGUCCCUGGCUUGGGCUGCGACGGCUGCGCCGGCCAUCUCUGCCUGGGACCUGGCUGCUGACAGUGAGGCAGUUGUGCGGCGUGGCUCUGAGUUCUUCUGA